UGCAACCAAAAGCGCCAUUUUCAUCCUGUAUAUAGGCUCUGCCCUCCCUCCUGAAGGUUUUAAACCAGUAGAAAUUCAGCUUUUUGAAGCGGCGGGUUCUUCUUUCUCAGCUACUGCAAGCGGAGUAUUCUCAGAAAAGAUGUCAGCAGACAUACCUUUAAACAUCAAUAUUAAAGAACCUCGCUGGGCUCAAAGCACAUUUGUUGGACGAGCCAGCCAUUUCUUCACUGUAACUGAUCCCAGGAAUAUUUUGCUAUCCAAUGAACAAUUAGAAAAUGCAAGAAAAAUUGUGCAUGGUUACAGACAAGGUAUUGUGCCCCCUGGACUGACAGAAGAUGAAUUGUGGAGGGCAAAAUAUAUAUAUGAUUCAGCCUUCCAUCCAGAUACGGGUGAAAAGAUGGUUUUGAUUGGCCGAAUGUCUGCUCAGGUGCCUAUGAACAUGACUAUCACUGGUUGCAUGAUGACCUUUUAUAGAACUACUCCAGCUGUGGUCUUCUGGCAAUGGAUUAACCAGUCAUUCAAUGCCAUUGUAAACUAUACCAAUAGAAGUGGAGAUGCUCCAAUAACUAUCAGCCAGCUUGGAACUGCCUAUGUUUCUGCCACCACAGGUGCUGUUGCCACUGCUUUAGGACUUAACGCUCUUACAAAGCACGUCUCUCCACUCAUAGGACGUUUUGUACCUUUUGCUGCUGUAGCUGCUGCUAAUUGCAUUAAUAUCCCACUAAUGAGACAAAGGGAAUUAAAGCAUGGUAUUCCCAUUACAGAUGAAAAUGGAAACCGACUGGGUGAAUCAACCAAAGCUGCUGAACAAGCCAUUCUGCAAGUAGUUGUCUCGAGGAUUCUUAUGGCUGCUCCAGGCAUGGCUAUUCCUCCCUUCAUAAUGAAUUCUUUGGAAAAGAAGGCAUUUUUAAAGCGGUUCCCGUGGAUGAGUGCCCCCAUUCAAGUGGGAUUAGUUGGCGUUUGUUUGGUAUUUGCAACGCCUUUAUGCUGUGCAUUAUUUCCUCAGAAAAGCUCCAUGUCUGUAUCUCGUCUGGAGUCAGAAUUAAAAACCAGGAUCCAAGAGCUCAACCCUGAAUUGGAGCGUGUGUAUUUUAACAAAGGAUUAUAAUUCGUAGCAAACUGUCCCUCAGCGACAAUUAGGUGAACUUAUUUUUGAAUUAUGUGACAACUUUGAAGACAGUCCUGAUGUGUCCUUUCAGUUUUACCCAGUUUUGAACACUGAGGUUAUUUGGUUACCACUAGAGAGUUUUCAUAAUUAUGGUUUCAAAUCAUAGUAUUUAUCAUUACUACUUUGUCUACUGCAUAUAUUUAAUUUCUUUUUUAAUGCAAAUAUUCAAAGCAGUUUACCAUCAGCUCUCAAGUAGCUAAGAUUAAAUACCUUUGGAAAAUGUCAGAGGCAGAGAAAAUCACGCUAUUCUGUUUUAGGCUUCCUAUUUUAAAUUUCUGCUAUAAGAGUAAUCUCAUGACUUCCUCGGAGGUCCAGGGUAUGAUUUCAGUAGCAUGCUUGCUCAAUUCUGAGUUCAUAAACUGCUUUAUCACACUUCUGUAAGGCCUGGUUUAAACAGAGCACAAAAGAACUUACUUAUUCCACAUUGCACAUAUUCCAGUAUAUCCUUUAAACUGGACCCUCAACCACUGCAACCACUGUACGUGCAGUGUUAGCAUACUAGGGGCCUAUCAGUGUCACAUUUAAAUUGGUAUUGUCCUAAGUAGUUCAGGAGAGAUGCAGGGUGAUAGGCAGCCUGGUGUGAAUGAAUAAUAUGGAGAGAGGGAAAGAGAUCUUACCAAUAACUCUGAGGCCCAUUCCCAUAACUUUUUAUCAUUGAUACUGCCUGUACUAAUCUCACACUGUAUAAUCCGCCUUGAGUCUCAGUGAGAAAGGUGGACUAUAAAUGACAUCGAUAAAAAUAAAUAAAUAAUAAAGCUGUUUGUGUAAAAAAUUAUAACAAUCGGUCAGCUCUCUUAGAUCAUACAAAAGUAUCUAGAAAUUAGAUAAGUGAGAAGUAUGAGUUGAUCCAAAGGUUCCCUUCCCCUAAUAUAAGAAUCUUUCAAAGAAGGAGUUCUCCUUCAUGUAAAGAAUAGACUUAUCAUUAUAGCUAAACAUUAAGAAAAUUAAUUGGUACUAUCCAUGGUACCGGGUCUUUACCAGACCUGAGGUAUUUAGCAGAUGAGUAAGUGCAUAUUACCCUAUUCAAAAAUGGAUUUGCUUUCAGUCUUGCUUAACAUCCUGCAGCAAUAGGCAGGAGCCUACAGGAAUUUUCUGAUGACAGUUUAGGGCAGUAGCCACAUUCUGCAGAAAUCCAGCAGGAUUUAUGAACUCCAUUACUAAGUUUCAGUUGCCUUAUUUAUGUUUUUCUAGGAAUGGCAGUAUAUUUUAUUAUGAUGAUUUUUUAUGAUUAUGAUUAUUAUCGGCCCUGUUUCCUCAUAUCUUUAAGUCAUCAAACCAUGUGAAGUUCUUGAGAGACGUUUUUAAAUUCAAUCACAUGGAAACCUUCAACUGCUAAAUGCAAUUGUGUGAAUGCCCCAUUUUUCCAAGAGAGGUAUGCUGUCACAGCCUUUUUAAUUUUUUGACAGUUGUUGGUCAGCUGUUUUGUUCCCUAAGAAACAUAAGCAAGAAGCACUUUUAAUCAAUUGCUUAUUGAUUUAGGAUGUUUCGGUGUGCUUUGCAAUCCUUACUAAUACAAUGAUCCUAUGAAGUAGGUUGCUAUUGUUUCCCAUUGUUCAGAUGAAGAAAUCAGCCCAAGAAAUAGUAAGUCCAUGGCUAAAUUUGGAUUUGAACCCAAGUACUCAUCUUGUCUCCUGAACCAUGCUGGCUCGCUACUGCAGAAAUUGUUAGAGAAUUAUUUCCAUCUGCAUUCUGCGGUAAUCUCAAUGUGUGUUUGACUUUCAUGCCAUUGAAGUCUACCAUUAAUGUAUAGUAUCCCAAAUGUAAUGUCAUUAGUAAUGGCCUCUUUGUAUUCUUCCAAAUAAAUCUACCUCUGUACUCAGAGGAGUUAUUACUCAACAGAGACCCUGGCGCUUGUACAUGUUCAAAAUAAUAUUCAUAAUCAGUGUGUCAUAUGACCUAUAUGAUAUUUUCUUUAUGAAAUAGCUAAUGUGCUAAAUGCAGCAGAGAGGUCUAUGUUUUCUGUUACUGUAAUAUCUAAGUGAGAUGUUCCACACACAGAAAAGCAGAUCUUGACAUUUUAACAGAAAUAGGAAAAGCAGAUCUUAUGCUUGAGGCUACAUCCUAUGAAGUAUGUGAUUCGAAAGACACCUAGAUAGUGGGAUUUGUAGAGCAAUUCAGUAGUUUACAAGCUGUGUUCCAUGAAACCCUGAGGUUGCAUGGAAGCUCACUGUGGGUUCCUUGGUGAUGAGAGGAAUAAAAGCAGAUACGAUUUUCUGAAAGACAGCUUGUCAACCACUAUCAAUCUUCCACUAUACAUCCACAGGAGAAUGUUAGAUGUGUAAAACUCCAGUCAUGGUAGGGCAUUGGUGAGGACUAGCAAGCCUAGCCAAGAUCUUACAUAAAUUGAAAAUGCCCUAGAAAUUUCUACAUCAAGCAGAAUUUUCUUGUCAGAGAGAUUGACAUGAAGAGAAGCAACUCAGGAAGUCUGAAACUGCUGGAGUUAGCACCUUUGGGGUUUAACCUCGUGGUUGUGUUGCAGCCUUUCCUCCACCAUUUCUUCCAAUAUUGUCAAACCUCGUGCUACUGUCUUAGAUUGCAUCUAGAGCAUCCUGCACUUUCUUCCUCACUAUCACAUAUACCUGCUUUGGUGAUUGUGGGGGGAAAGGGUAGAGUGAUGAAUCAUUUACAUUUAAACAGGAGACAGAUUGCUCCUAGAGACACAGUGUACUACUCAUGCAUCCAUUUGCAAUGCAGAUAGGGGUGAGGGGCCAUCUUGCAGUAUGAUCAAAUGAUCAUACAGAUUGGACGUGCCUUGGCCCUGUGUAUUUGUGCUAGUGCACAGAACAGCCUUUUAAAACUUUCAACAGCCUGAUCAUAGCAUGUCUAUUCCUAAGUGAAUUUCCCUGAACUCAAAGGGCCUUUACUCCUAGUAAAGGAGCUUAGGAUUUCAUCUGACAGUUCCAUCCUAAGCAGAGUUAUGCCCAUCUAAGUCCUUUGAGGUCAAUGAGCUUAGAAGGAUAUAACUGUAUUUAGGAUUGUACUGUUAGUUUCCUUGGUGAAUUUCAACAGAAUUAUGGCAAUAAAUAUUUCUGAAUGAGAAGGAAAAUAUUAAAUGAUUUGUGGUAUUUUGUUUUUGCAUUUUGUAUGAAAAAAUCAUGGGUAAUCAUAUGUUUCAGAGCUGCAGAGACUACAGGAAAUAAUUUAAUAAUUUCUAUCUCCUGUUUAAAGGGCUUGGGUUUUUUUUAAGUGCAAAUUUUCCAGUAGUUGAUUUUUUUCAGUUUAUAACCAUUGUAUGUGACCUCAGUAUUUUUUUUUAAAUUUUAGUAUUUACAAGUAGUGUGCUUGAGAUAAUAUAACCUAGUGCAAAAAAAAUUAUUGAUAGAUUUUAUCAGGAAUACAAGAAGAUUCUUUGACCCAUAUAUAAACCUGAGGACAAAGAAAUACAUCAUGAGUGGUAUUUUUUAAAUAUCGGUCUCUUAAUGCUUUUCUACAGGAUUGAUAAUUUUCUUGGUAUUAUUAAACAGAACAAAAUAGUAUUAAGAUCAGUAAAUUUAUACUGGUCUGAUAGAAAUAGAAUGUUUUUUAAAAAAAAUUCCAAUAAAGUGCAAUAAGCUAGUACAAUGGAAUAGUUAUUAAUAUUUCCAGUUUGGGAAAAAAUGAUUCUAAGUUAUCCUUGUGACUUAAGUACAUUUUAAAUGUAAGUAUUAGCACAAUGUCUUGCCAGUGUUGAUGGCAUUUAAUGUACAAUUUUAACUGAAUGAAAUAUUAAAAUCAGAAACUGGAAUGAA